AUGGGUUACGAAGGCCUCUCCUCGACAUUUCUGCGUAGAGAAGCAUUGAUGCAAGCAUUCUCCGAGCAAGGUGCCAUCUUAGAUUAUUUUCGUGGCUGGAACACAUCCUGGACUCAGCCAUGGAAGUACUUCGACAGUAUUGCUUCGGUCAACCGGAGCCAGAUGGUACCUUGCAAUGCAUCUCGCUUCACCAUCACACAAGCCAACCGGGACUACUUGCAAGUCACAGGUGACACAGCCGGGGUUGCCGUGCAGCCUAACGGCGAACUUUUCGCCGUUUGUCCAGAUGGCUACUAUUGGCCUCCUCCAUCGUGCCGAGCUGUCUCGUCCAGAUGCGUCCCUUACUUUACCCAGGAUCCGGGCUGGGGCCUCGACGACAUGAUGCAGAAGGUCACAGCUUAUGGAAUGCCCAUCUCACUUGGGGUUGCAAAGUCGUGGGCAGAGAUGGCACUGCAGGUCAACAGUCUUUUCUACUGGUGGACUCCAGACACAACAUUCCUGGCGUAUGACCCCGUGCAUGUCAAGUUCCCACCCUAUGACCCCAAUGCAUACCUUCGAGGAGACAAGCGAAGCACAGCGGAUGCAACCUUCAUAUCCAAGAUCGUCAGCCAAGACUUAUCGGCUGUAGCACCGAAGGUAAAAGACUUCGUUGGCAGCAUGAGGUUUGGCCUGAGUGACGUGAUGGGCAUGAUGCAGGACAAGCUGGCUACCGGGGACUCGCACCUUGACGUCGCAUGUCGCUGGAUACAUGCCAACGUUCAUGCGUGGGAGUUGUGGCUUCCGGAUAAGACGAAAUGCGCCCCUGGUUUUGGCUUGUUCGACACAAGGAUGUCAGAGUUCACGAGUGACAGAUCAGACCAUACCUUUCUGGAAUGCCGCGCAUGCGUAUCGGGACUGUACUCAGUGCGCCUGGAUGACAGUCAGGGUAUCACGCAUGUUUGCAAGCCUUGCAAGCCUGGAACGAGACAGGCUUCAGGAGCUGCUCUGCGCUGCGACUUAUGCCAGCCGGGUGAGUUUCAGGACAAAUCAGGCAGCAAGUCCUGUGUACGCUGCAACAUCAGCUACUACCAAGAUCAACUUGGCUCUGUGCAGUGCAAGCCGUGCCCCAGUGGCACGACGCUCGGGUUUGGGUCGGUUUCGGUGGCCGACUGUGGCUGUGAAGCAGGCUUCAUCAACACAGCAUCGAGCCCUGGUUCUCUAAAGUGCACUGAGUGUGGAGAGGGGCUUAGAUGCCCCGUGAUAGGCGCAGUGGACGCGCUGGUGACCGGCACAGCAGAACUGGGAGAAUCGUUCGUGCCGGAAGUUCUGCCUAAUUACUACAGCGCCUUGGACAAGCCUCUUGAUGUUUACCGGUGCGUGGGCUCCACGCGAUGCCCUGGUGGCAAGCCCGGCAGCUGCAGCACCGGUUUGCAAGGCGUUGCUUGCACAGACUGCCCCGAGAGCCAAACUUGGGAUGGUGAGAGCUGCAAGCUUUGCACUCGCUUUCAGCAAAGCCUGUGGAUCUUGGCAGUCCUUGCGUUCGGUCCUGGGCUGAUUGCAGCAUACUAUGUCCAGGAGUUCCAGGCCAGAAGUGUCGCCAGUGUUUCAGCACGAGACACCGGAGUGUGUGCCUUCGCCAUGACUUUCUCCAAUCUGCAGUGUGUCGGCAUGGUCGGCUUGAUGAUGGAGCUUCCAAAUCUUGCGAGCAUCCUGGUUUUGGACAUCGAAGAUCUCGGCUUCAACUGUGUUGCAGGAAGAUCCGCUUCUUGGCGCUACUCUGUGAAGGUUCUCCUUGUCCCUUUCGCAGCGCUUUGGCUGGUGGCCUGCUACCUUGUGUCGCAGCUGUUGCCUGCGAGAUUGCAAGAAUACCGCUGGAAGGGCCCUGAGACCAGGAGCACCAUCGGGUUGCUGUUGCUGCUGGGGUUCAACACCAUGUGCACGGUUGCAGUCAUGCCGCUGAUGUGUUUCAGUCAUCCGAGCGGUGCGUCCAGCCUGUUGAAGUAUCCGAGCAUCACAUGUGCUUCCGACCAGCACUUUGUGAUGAUGAUUCUUGGGUUGCUCGUGCUUCUGUUUGCAUUGGGCUUCGUAGCAGCUUGCACCUAUGCCACAUUUGCAGCACCUGGCUGGAGCAGAGGGCACUGCCAGCAGAAAUCUUCAGUGUUUUCAGUGAAGUCGUUCCGCUUCCUGGUAUUCCGCUUCCGUCUGGAUUGUUGGUGGUUCGGGGUUCCACUAUUGCUUCGGGGCUCUCUCAUGUCGCUCCCUAUGGCUGUGGCAACGAACUAUCCCGCAGUGCAAGUACUGAUGUGGACUCUGGUGCUGCUCAUAUUCCUGGUGGUUGCAGUAUGGGUUCAGCCUUGGAAGGUCCCGCUUCUGAAUGUCUUCGACUGCGUGAUGCAUGUUUGCAUCGUGAUGGUCGUGGCUGCGAGGUCGCUGGAUGUGGGUUUGAAGGAUGACGCUGUUGCUGUUGCUGUUGCUGCUGCUGCUAGCUUGGUGGUCAUGUGGACUCUGAGUGCGACGGUAUUGAUCCUGUUCCUGGUGACCGGCCGGGCUGUUAUGACUUCGCGUGGAGAUCUCAAGAUGCGACUUCUGAACCUGCAAUCGCUGCCCCCCAAGGCAGCUGUGGCAGACAGGUUGAAAGCCACUGCGGCUCUCCUCGCCGUGAUGGAGGACGUCAACCUGCAGAGUGCCAUUCAAGAUCUGCCGCUCUACGACCGCAAGCUGCUUCUGGCUAGUUUGUCCAUGCUGGCCCUGGAGGUUCUCCCUGACACCAAGGAGACCAAGGUUUUCAAUGCCAGGAUACAGUCUGUAGCCUUCAGCCCAGACCGCCCAGACCAGCCCGGCAGUGCGGUGUCUCAGCUCCGAUGGGGCUUGGGCUCCACAAUGGUGCAAUCCUGGAGACAGGCUUGGUUUGCCACACGAAAGCUUCAAGUGGCUCCAAGCUUCACGCCAGUCUGA